CUUGUCUUCCGAAAUGACGUCAAUUUCUGCGAGAUUUUAUCAGCGCUCUCGCGAUAUUUACCAACAGUUUUGUUAAAUACAAGUAAAUAUGGCGGACCGGCUAACGCAGCUUCAAGAUGCUGUCAACUCGCUUGCAGAUCAGUUUUGUAACGCCAUCGGUGUUUUGCAACAAUUUGCUCCUCCUGCGUCCUUCAGCAACAUCCAGACCGCUAUCAACAAGGACCAGCCGGCCAACCCCACUGAAGAAUACGCUCAGCUGUUUGCAGCUCUUAUAGCCAGAACCGCCAAAGACGUAGACGUUCUCAUCGACUCUCUGCCCAGUGAGGAGUCCACAGCUGUUCUGCAGGCCGCCAGUCUGAGGCAGCUGGAGGAGGAGAACCACGAGGCAGCCGCUCGUCUGGAGGAAGUGGUUUUCCGUGGCGACAUGCUGCUCAAAAGGAUCCAGCACGCCUUGGCGGACAUCGCCCAGUCUCAGCUGCGCACUCGCAGCGGAGCGACCGGCCAGGCGUCGCCCGCCGAGUCCUGACCGGGUUGGAGGGAGAGGGUUUUCUCUGAAUGGGGGACUGAUAAGGGAGGAUGGAGAACGUGGAGUAAGAGGAUGUGGAAUGGAAUCCUGGACCCUCAAAGUCUUGGUUUGCAGUCGGAGUCGUACAUUUUUACCUGCAAACUUCUGUUUUUGUAUGUUUGUCAAUUUUCUCUUGUAUAUUUAUAAAAAAAAAAAUGGUGUUCUUCUUUUUAGUUUAACUUUAAUAAACAAACUCGUUUCAUUUGGUC